AUGACGGUGAAUAAGUCGGACGAAAACACAAAUUGUGAUCAGUUACUUGAAGAGUUUAGUGAUGUUUUCAAAGGUCAAGGAUGUUUAUCGCAUGAAUUCCACAUUCAAUUAAAGCCAGGCGUUAAACUUGUUGUGCAUGCUGCAAGAAAAACACCUGUCAGCUUGAGAGAUAAAGUAAAGCGCGAAUUAGAACGAAUAGAAAAGUUAAAUAUAAUACGAAGAGUUGAUGAGCCAACAGAAUGGGUCAACUCUAUGGUAGUUGUCCCAAAGCCCAACGGUGAAGUAAGAAUUUGUCUAGAUCCCAGGGAUUUGAAUUUAGCUGUAAAACGGGAACACUAUCAAAUGCCGACACUAGAUGAAACCACCAGCCAGUUGGCCGGUGCGAAGUAUUUUACUGUUCUAGAUGCGACAGCUGGCUACUGGAACGUUCCACUAUCCAAGGAAUCCUCUAUAUUGACAACGUUCCAAACCCCAUUUGGUAGAUUUUGUUACUUAAUACGAAUGCCAUUUGGUAUAUGUUCCGCGCAAGAAGUCUUCCAAAAGAAGAUGGAUCGCGUAUUUUGGGAAUCGCCUGGUGUCCACGUGAUUGUUGAUGACAUACUUGUGUCUGGAUCAACAAGAGAAGAGCACGAUGAGAGGCUGCGUGCGACUUUGACGGCCGCGAGACGGAACGGGGUAAAGCUUAAUCCAAAGAAGAUAAGCGGUAAGAAAUAUGAUGUUACCGCAAAACAAAAAAUAGUUGGAGAGUCAGCUAGGCAUGUUCACCUACUUGGCUCAGUAUUCACCACAUCUGUCGGAGAAAAAUGCAAUCCUGAGAGAAUUGGUGAAGAAAGAUACUCAUUGGAAUUGGUGUCCUGAACACGAAGCUGCAUUUACCGAAAUGAAGAAUAUCAUAACGCAAGUUCCAGGUCCAGUUUUGAAGUUUUACGAUACUGGUAAACGUGUCACAGUACAAGUGGAUGCUUCCCAGUCAGGGCUAGGAGAUGUGCUUCUACAAGAUGGGAAACCUGUGGCAUAUGCUUCGAAAGCUUUAACUCCAACCCAGCAAGCAUACGCUCAAAUAGAAAAAGAAGCAUUAGCGUUAGUCUUUGGAUGUGAGAAGUUCCAUCACUACCACUAUGGUUGA